GGGUCAAGUCUUAACUAAACUAUUAUAAAAAGGUAAACCUGUUCUUUCUGAAGAAAGAGAAGCAACGUCUCUUUUUCUGAAUCCCCUGCCAGUGUUAACCACGCCCUCUGCUCUGUCGAUGGCCUGCUGCGCCUCGCCUUCUAACGGAAGUUUGCGGUUGCCUAGCAACAGUUGGAGUUGUUCGUGUGUUAGCGGUAAGUAAUUAAAGCGUUCAUAGUAUCAAAAUUAGAUUAAAUCAUUAGCACUGAUGCAUCUAGAAACGUUGUAUUUGUAUGAUGUUGCUCCAUAAGUUAGUUACUUAAAUCUUAUACUACCGUCCGCUACCGUCAUUGUAGGUUUAUUGUGCUUAACCGAACCUUUUCGCUUUUACUCGAGCUGAGGUCGGGCUUACAAGGGAAAGCAAACUAACGUUAACGGCUAGGAUGGCGUUUUCAUUUAGUGCUCAAACUUUCUGUUCGAAACAGCCAAAACAGAGAAAAGAGAGUUGAGAAAACAAUAAAACAAACAAACAGAAAAAAUAAACAAGAUAAGUGUUAUUUGGUUUCCCAGUCACAAUUGAAAAAACAGCUUAUCGCCUGACCACCGUUAAACCAUGACAAGAGAGUCUCUCUCUCUCUCUCUCUCUCUCAUAUAUAUCAAGGCUAAAGAAAGAGAAAGAAAGAAAGAGACAACACAGACACAGGCAGAGAGACAGACGGGAUGGAAAGUGAUAAGGCCUCAGGGAACAGUGGAGCAACAGUCACUCCUCAGGUAAACUGCUUUGUCACAGAAGAAUAUUCCAUCAUUUUUGUCCAGGGGAUAUUAUUCCUUUCAUAACGCCAUAUGAAUACAUUUAGAUAUCGUUCCAGGAUUUGUUGGGAUACUGUGAUGUUGCAUUGUUGGUCUUAACUACAAAGUUUGUAAAGUACAAAUAUACAGGAUAUCCAAGCGUGGUAUUGUAUAAUAUGUUUGUCCUUUAAAAAUGAAAUUAACUAAUUCCAUGAAGUCUAAAAUGCAGACCUGCAACAUAUAUUUAAGUGGAAAAAUUCAGAUCAGUAUAAGUGUCACAAACUUAUGUAUAAGCUGCAUGUCUGUGUCCUUCCAGCCCUCUCAGGAUCAGCCAGGACCAGAGCUGGAUGCCUCAAGUGCCCAGCCUCGCUCUGAUCAAAGUGGUAAGAACAAAAAAAACAAAUACUAUAAAGCAGUGGUCCUCAACCUUCUUGAGUUAUGACUCCAUCAAUAUCAUUACUUUGUCUGUGACACUUCUUGGCUGAAUAUAGUCCCUUGUCCACCUCUUGCUGGCAUCUUUGAUAACUCUCCAUGAAAAGAUAAUGCAGUCAUUAAUCAGCAUUGUGUAAAUGGAAUCAUUUUCUUACAUGAUGACCAAAAUAUUUUGAAACCUCAACAGGAGUUGGGACCCCAAGGUUAAGAGCCAUUACUUCAGAAAAUAGUCAGAAAAAGACAAUAAAAUAAUAUAAAAUACUUAAAGCACUUUCAGUUAAAUACCCACAAGUACUUUUUAACUCUGCAUUGGUUUUCUUUUUUCCCCCCUUUUUGUCUGCAUCAAGGCGCUGCCUUACAUACCUUACAUGCUAUCUACUUUUGCAUUUCAGUGCAGGAGGAUGUUUUUCAGGCGUCGCCUUACAUACCUUGUACCUCAGACCUUCAGCGAUCUGAAGACAUGGAGGAUCAUAAUCCACUGCCAGAGGAGGAGGAGGGGGGAAACUUACCUACUCUUGACCCUGAGCAUGUCUGUAUCUUUUUAUCGAUUGAAUGUUAAUGCUCCUAAAUUCUAAUAAUGCCAUCAAUGGCCCUUUUCACGCAUGCACAAGACUCCAGGGUAUUUCCUGACUUUAUUGGUUGUUUGUGAAUGCAAUUGGCAGAAUUUUCACCCACUGCAAUCCACAUUUCUUCCUGCCAGUCCUUCUUUAAAAUGUACACAAGAGAUUUAUGUAAACCAAUGUGUGAAUGCUGUUGGAAAAGGCACAAGAAUUCACUAUGAGCGAGUGGGCAGAGUGAUGACAAUCAGGUUGAGCGGAGUCUCUCUUAUUUGCACUCAGCGCUGCUUUCCUCAGUGGUCACUAUAAUGUUUUCUAAUGUUGUUUCCUGUGCUUAUACACAAUGUAAUAUUAUAACCACAGAAACAGCUACCUUUGUAAAAAUGUUCCACCUGCCUUCUCCGUUCACCAAAAACAAAGGAAUAUACUGAAUUAUGAGAGUGUGUCUGAUAGGAAAAAAACUUGUGUUUUAAAGAUCACGUGUAACUUCAAAUGCCCAGGGUCAUUUAGGGUCUAGAAAAUGCCUGGAGUUUUUGUUUGAAAGGGGCUUUUUGCCUGUUUUUCUGCCUGGUAUGUUAGGUGCACAAUUGAUCCUUAAGACUUAGCUUGGGCUUUAAGAAUUAUAUUUACACCAAAAGCAGUUGUUUCAUAUUUAGUUGGUUGAUAUUUCUGUUGCCUUCUUUCAUGACUGUUGUGUUUUGUUUCAUCUGUCGGCAGCCCUUGGUCAUACAGUAUCAAGCAGCUGUUCGCGAAAAGCUGCUCAAGGAGCUGGAGAGUGUCAACAAGAGUCUGGAGGAAAAGGUGGGCUAAUGUCACUGAACGUCAAAAACUUAUUUUUUGAUUUUGUUAACUCUCCCUUACAUACACACAUAGACCAAAAUAAAAACACAACACUCCCUUGAUUUUACGUGUUUGGUCCCUGUAUGUCCAGAAGAUGGUGCUGUUGACCUGUAGAGAAAUUGAAGCGAACCUUUUUUGUUUAUUUUGAGUUGCUGUCCUACAGAUAAAUCAUGUCUUCAACAAUAAAAAAAUCAUGAAAAAAAGGAGAAACAUUUAAGUAUGAAAGAAAAGAUAAGAAGAACUUGAUUGAUCCCCAAAGGAAAACUCAAGUUUCAAACAGAAGAAAGUAUAGAAGGAUUAUCUGAAUAGCCAGUAGAGUAGUUUGAUGAUCUCUUUAUCUCUCUGCUAUUUUCCCAGUGUGCAUAUUCGAAAGCAAGGGACAAAAAACUCCAGGAACAGAGUGUUGAGCUAGACAUGCUCAAGAAGCAGCUUGCUAUAUCUAAGGCUGGGCUGGAGGAGGAUUGUAAAGCCAAGUCAGAAUCAGAAGCCAAACGCCGGCAGUCACAGGCAAAACUGGAGGAUGCGAGGAGAGAGUUUACCAGAACUAAAAGGAGACACGACGAAAAGAAAGCCAAAGGUGAGGCUAACUGUAUCCUCUUUCCCCCAGGAUUUUUGAUCCAUCUGUCUUUAUCUUUAUUUAGGAAUUUAACGUUAUAGAAAUAAUUUGUAACAAUUCUCAUGAUUGACAGCAUAUCAGAAAGUACAGCAGCAAGUUUUAGAGGAUAGGCUGGAGUUGUAUUUUUUUUUAAAACAGUUCAUUAUAAUGUUUUUUUUUUUUUUGGUCAUAUUCAGAAACUAUAAUCCUGUGCCUCUCACACAGUUACAUCUGUUAUCCACAUCCACCCAGGAGAGAAAAUAUAGACAAACAAGCCUAACACAAAAGGGCUUUUAGGAAGUCAGAGCAACUCUAUUUAUGUCAUGUAAUUUAAUGGAGAACUAUGUCUGAUCUGUUUUUGUUGGCUGUUCAACCCCUGAAAUUGCGCUGAAUUUCAGAAUGCAAGUAUCUUUUUGAGGCAGUGUGGACUGCAGCACCAGGAUUGUUACUUUAUUGCCAAGGAUUUGGUUUGAAUUGCAAUUUAGGUUUAAGAUUCAGAUUUUUAUGCUUUUUAUGAAAAACCAACAGUUAAACUCAGUUGAAGAGACUUAAAGGACAUAUCCGUCGGUUUAGUCCUGAUAACUAUAAAACAAUGUUUCAGCAAUAACAAGACAGUGACUGCAAAGGCCCAGGAUAAAAUUGAUGAGUGUUUUUUAUUUCCAUAGUGGCUCAGCUAGAGGCUGAGUUGGACAAACUGAUGAAACAGGUCACCUUCAUAAAAGGAGUGAGUAAGGAUUUGCGCAGUGAUGUGAAAGUUAAGAAGAAUGCCAGGAAAAAAGCGGGACAUAGGAAGAACCAAGCUGAAGAGCAGAAACUACAGCAGGUGGAUAGACAGUUCACAUCCAAAACAGCUUGUUUUGAACCAUAAGGCAUUAUCAUGGAUUAUCGAGCUUUUAUCUGCUGAACAUGUUUGUCUUUAUCAGGAUAUGUAUGUGGAGCGUCUGACAAAGGACCUGGAGAAGGUGAAACAGCAGUCAGCCAUGUAUGAGGCCCAGGCCACUGCUCAAGUGGAGAAGAAAGAGACGAUCAAACAGGCACUCUCUGAGGUAAUUUUAGAGUUGCCCAGAAGACCUGCAAGCCUGCAAGUACUGUCAUUACCAAGCAGGAACUACAAAUACAAAACCAAUUCCAGAAGAGUUGGGACGCUGCACCACUUCUUUGAAAAAUGUUUGAACACCACUUAAUAUGUGAUGGAAAAUUGUUCAAAGAAAGCACACCAAUCAUUGGAACUGAGAAAUGUGGUAUGUUAUGAAGAAUAUAUGCUUGUUACAACUAAUGCCAGCAACAAGUUCCAGAGGAAUUCAGACUGGGGUAUGUUUUCCAUUGUUCUGCAUCACCUCUUCUUUGAACAACGCUAUUUAUAUAUUUGGGGAAUGAGAAGACUCCUUUCCAGAGUUUUGAAAAUGAAUGUAACAAUGUUAUCUGAUACAGGAUUUGUCGCCUUUGAUGUAUUUUUCAAUUUACGAUGCCCCAUAUGUUUUCAAUGGGUGAGAAAUCGUGGCUGCAUAAAGACCACUUAAACACCUAGCUUUAUUGACUGUGGAGCCAUGCUGACGUGGACUGGCAUUAUCUGACUAAAAUAUGCAGAGUCUAACCCUAAAGAGACACUGUCUGGAUGGCAGAAACCUGCCUGUUAUUCAGUAAGAAUGGGGCUUUCACAGAUGUGUAACCUUGUUCACACCUUGUACCAUCACAGAUUAUGCUUUUGGAAAUGAAAACAAGUGAAGUGGUUGCUCUAACAUGAAUAGCGGAGGGCUAAAAGUCCAUGAUUUCUGAAAGGAAUGUCUGAUUUUGAUUCAUUAGGCCACAAGACAAUUUUCCUACUUUACUCCAUUGUCUCAGUCCAUCUUAAAAGGGUUUGAGCCCACAGAAGUCACCCCUGGUUUUGGAAUAUGUUUGCAUGGGCUCAUGCAGACAGAAUUAAAAAAAAAAUCUCUGUUUUUUCAAAUGAUUUUAUGCACUUGAGAUGAUAGUGUCCCUAAAUUCUUUGCAGUUUCAUACUGAAGUGGGAUUACUCUGAAAUUGUUAAACAAUUUGUUCAUCCAGUCUCUCAUAGAGUGGUCUUCUUUACUGCUACUACUACAACUACAUAAAUAAGCAUAUAUUUUUCAGAAAACAAACAAACAAAAAAAUGACAGUUUGAACAUUUAAUACGUUUUCAUUGCACUAUUUUCCGUUAUUUAUUGUGAUGAUUGGCGAACCAUCAAAUCUGUACAUAUUUGGAAUUGGGGUUGUACAUAUACUUGUUGAAGAAGUAGCUACACAUCAGUCUCAAAAUAUAUGAUCUGGAGUUUCUGUCUGUGUGCAGGCUGAGAUGCAAAUUGAGUCUCUGGCGAUGACUCGUAAGGAGCUGCUGCAGCAGUGUAACAGCAGUCUGACAGGCCUGAGAAAACGAGAGGAAGCCUACUCUGCAAUGCAAGGGGCCAUGGGGUAAGAAUGUUCCAAAGAAAGGCUGACUAUACCUCCAUUUGAUUUCCAUCAUUUUGGUCAAAGCGUUUCCCCUUGAAUAAAUGUAACUGAUACUGCUAAAGAAAUCCUUGAUGAACAUCAUCAUCAUAACUAUGAUGGCUUUCUGAAUGAGAGAGUCUUGGUUUGUCGAAUUGAGAACAAAGCAAAAAAUGGAGAUAAUAUUUAGUUAAUGCGGCUCAGGCCUCCAUAUUAAGGCAACAUUGACGUAGUGAUGGGUAUAGAGCACUUUUUAUAGAGAGGUAGAUAAGCAUAUCAAAAACAAUGAAUGUUGGCUCAGUCUUUUUUUGUUUUCACAGGACUGUCACAGCCCAGGAGGUCUUGCUGGACAGAGAGAUUGAAGGGUACAAGAAAUCUAUCUCUAAAGAACGUGAGCGAAACGAGACACUCAUCACGCAGCUUAACUGGACUCAGACGAAAGUUACCACCUCUGAAAAGCAGAUCAGUCAGAGGCAGGCCCAGCAAGAGGCCCUACAUCAACACUACACUACCUGCAGUCGCAGCCUGGGGGAUACUGAACACACUCUUGCUGUGCUGUCUGAGGUAGCCAUAGGACACUGGCUUUUUGUUUCAACAGCUCUGCAACAAAAUUUCCCAGAGGGGUGUCCUCUGCAACUAUUACACACUGUUUUUUUUUUUUCCUUCUUCUUCGUUUUAGGAAAGCAGCACUUAUCAGGCUCAGGUGGAUGAUCAGAGGAAGCAGUUAGAGAAAGAGAGAGCUGUGCGUCUGGAGUUAGAGGACAAGAUAAAGAAGUAUAUGAUGCAGGAGCUUACCCAUAACAAAGCUGCAAAAGAAUCCCAAAGACUCACCAUCAAGAUGACUGCACUAAAGAAGGAAAAGGUACUUAAAAAACACUCAGAGUAUGAACACCCAAAGAGUUGUUAUUGUCUCCUUUUUAUGGAAAUAAGCUUCAUUUAAAAAAAAAAAUCUAACUCACAGGCUCUAGGUCCUCAUUGCAGCAUGCAGUGAGAGUAAAAUUUUAACUGUCUAAUGCAAAUUGGUGGUAACUGUGCAGCAAUAUUCAACGGGAAUGUCUUCAUAAAAAUUCACAGUGAACUUGACAAGAAUUCCAGAUCUAAAUGACCUGUAGAAUUAACUUCAAAGCAUCCACACACAAACACACAAGCUGAUCUAUGGAGAGCGGGCAGUGAGGGUUGUGUAUUUCAAAUGUGCAAAAUAACACUACAAUAGCCUUUGCUUUCAUGAAUAUGUCAUUUGGGGUGCUUCUGCCCUAACAUGCUAAAUACUGGGAAAAGAACAUUCAAAGAAGUUCAUUUAGUACACACACUUAAGGAUUGACUUAGGCUGAGAAUAGUAUUAGUGACUGUGACUCUGUCUUAAUAUAAUGCCCUUGAAAAGAAAGAGCAAAUCCAGGUUCUCAGUGUCGUCAAUGUUGCUAUUGAUACAGCCAAGAGGAGACAGGAACUAUAGACACAUAUCAGUCUGAUUCAGAGUCAUUUCUCAUGAACUGUUUGAGGGUAUUUUUUCCUGUCAUUUAUGUUGAGAGACCUCAUGACGCCUGAAUGAGUGAGGAGGAGCAUGCUCAGCGGCACAAAAUACAUAUGUACUGUAUGAUAAGGAUAAAGAAGACAGUUGCAUUUUUUCCUCAGAUCUCUCAGUUGUGGCAGCUGGAGAGGAACAUAGGGGCAGUGGAACUGGAGAACAACAAGGUCAGCCAACAUCUGGGCAGCUUGGCCGUCAUCCAGAAGGACUUUGAUGACCAGAUCUCCGAGAAGACCAAGUUACUGGCAGCCAAUGAAAGAAAGCGUUCUUCUUUUUUCACACUCAUUGAGCGACAGGGCACUAUCAAAGCUAACUAUUAUAAACAGAUCCAUCAAAUCACAGCCAGGACUGGGGUGAGUGAAUCUCAAGAAGAAGCAUUCCCUGUUUGCAGUUGUUAGUGUGAAAUAUGGAUUUAUUUGCAUUUGAUUACACAUCACAUGCUCUCUGUUUGAUUUGUUUGUAUUCAUUCACAGCAUGGAGACCUCAGUCCCAUGGAGAUCAAGAUAAGGGCACUAAUGGCUGAGACUGAGGAGGUGGCAGCAAAAAUCCAGAGUGUCCAGCAGCUCCUUUUGACACGGAUGGGGACAGUAGUAAUACUGAACAAGGAAAAAGAAGCAAACAGCAGAGAUAUAGCCAAACUGCAGAUAGAGUUCAUAGACAUUCAGCAGAAGACAAUUUACCUUGAGAGUGAGUGAUACACCACUAUUUACAAAGAAACAAACAAAUGCACUGAAAGGUACACAUGUUAAAAGCAUGUUCUUGAUAUUCAAUCAUUUUAGCCUGACAUCCAAAUGACAUUCAGAGUUAUACCAUAAAGAUGUGCUGUCACUUUGCCUUCUUCAUCCUACACCAACCCUGGGUUUCUACGUGGUACAGGCAAACAUGACAUUGAUUCUAGUAGGCUAACUCCCAGGCAUGGGAUUAUUGCAGAUAUGAAAUGUUUCUGGGCUACUCCACCUGCUCUCUUUUCUCUUUAUCAUUUCUGCAGAGAUUAAAAGAUUGUAUUAGCAGUGCAAAUUAUGUGGUUGAGUGAGCAAGGCUGGAAGUUAAGAUUGGCAGUUGAAUGUAAAUAUCUAAACACGCACUUCAGCCAGAUUACCUCCUGUUUCUUCUGGAUUUUAACAUCUUUUUUUCCCCAAAAAUAAAUGUUGCUGAUUUCCCUUUGGUGUGUACAAAUAAUAUUAAGAGAAGUCUGAAAUUUGAAUUUUCAAAACGAGGACAUUUUUCAAAAGGCAAGCAUGUCCAAAUUCUGUGAGGUUGAUGUUGAACCAUCUCAAAUCCCUCCAGGUCAGACAGAAGCAGAGCGGCACGAUGAGACUGAACUGGAGAAAAAUACAGAGCUGCUGAGAAGAGACCUGCUGAAGCUUGACACACAGCUGUUCGAGAAUGAACGACUCAGCAAGGCACUGAAGCAGGAGAAUGCACUAACAGAGAAAGACUUCAUGAGAAGACUCAAGGCAUGUCGUAGCCCAAUGAUCUUCGUUUUUCUCUCUUUUUUUUGCACAAUGCUUUUGAAAGUCAUUUUAAAUGUGGUAAAAAUGCCUUCAGGAGGCUGAGCAGGAGUCCGCAGAGAUGCAGAUGAAACACGAGAGGAUCCUGAAGGAAAAGGAGAGACUCCUCAGCUGUCUGCUUGAGGCUGAGUAGGUCACAUUUAUAUUUUUGUUUUUUAUUUUAUCCUCAUUUUAUGUUGUAUGGCAAUCAAUUGUUCACAGAUUUUUGUCAUAUUAAGGCUUGUGGUUAUUUUUAGGUAACUGACUCGAAAGCAGCUACACCACAAUACUUCAAAUGUAGACAGAUAAAUAGUGAAUUUGUAAAGUUAGGAUUGGCUAAUACUUUGGUUCUGAUUUUUACUAGCACUCUUUGUUCUGUGUGUGUGGUUGACAGUCAGCAGAUCAUGCUGUGGGAGAGGAAGAUCCAGCUUCUUAAAGAGACUCGUUCUGUUGUGGACUCAGAGAUGUACCACGGAGACAUCCGUACGAUGAAGGCUGAGAUACGCCAAAAGAAGGUAAAACCUUUAACACAUAAUGCUUCAAAUGAUGCCAGUAAACUGUUAUAUUUCGUUGUUUUAUUAACAAUAUUUCCUUUUAAAUGUGCCAAAUAAUUUUAGAGCGGAAGUCAAAUUUUAAGAAGCCAUGUACGUAAAUAAAAACCCUAAAGCUUAAAAAAACUAGAAAUUAUUUGUGCAUUGUAAAUAGAAGCACAUUGUUCUUCUCUGUAUUUAUGCUGUUGUGAAAACAAAACCAGUUUUAUUUCAGUACAAAUGCCCAAACCUCUCCACUUUGCAUAAACUUAUAUGACAUAUUUACGACUUUUUUACAUGGAGGAAAGGUUUUGUACCGUAGACAUACUCUCAGAAGGAUACUACAUCAAAAGUUUUUUUUUUUUUUAAAUUAGAGUAUUGACAGAUUGCAUUAACAUCACAAUAAAAAGAAAAGUUCAAAAAAAAAUUCUUUUUGCAUUUUAGACCAAAUUUUCUGAUAUACGUGAUGUCAGUGUAAUCACACUGGGACUUCGGGAAAAUAUUAACACAAUAUUGUUAUUAUUUAGUACUAUUUUGCCCCUUUCCACACACCAUAGUUCAGCCGCUGUAGCAUCUUCUUACCCCACUGCAUUUUUGAAUAUCUCACUUCAAAAAAGUCCCAAACUGGUCUGAUGACACGUCAAAUGUCAUUUACACAUUAUGUCAAAUCGUAUUAAUAUAUCACUGGAAAACUUACCAUCAAGGAGUUAAGAAUAUAUAUGCAGCUUUUCAGUCAAAUGUCUGUUAGCAACUGCAUCAACAAAAGCCAGCAAAGCACUUUUUUGUGCUGUGGGUCAAACACUUUGGGGCUGUCAUGUUCAAGACCACAGUAGAGUAGGAGUGCAGCAUGUCUUUAAGUAAUGAAACUUAAAGAUUAGAUGGAGAUGAGAUUAGAUACAACUUUAUUUAUCCUUUUGCCCAGGAUCUUUUAAAGGUGGGUUAGGCAGGAUCUGAGGAAGUGCCAGUUUUUGGAGGAAAUCUUGAAUGUAAACACUACCCCUUCCAACCAGUUUUCCCUUCAGCUCCUCCUCUCCCCUCCCUCUCUGCUCCAGCAAGCCCUGCCCACAAACAGAUGCUCCUGUUCGCUCGUAUCUUUCCAAUUAAAUUCAGAUAUAAUGCAGAUAAAUACUUCAGAUAAUUACAAAUGGGGCCCAGUCAAACACAGUGUUUGUGGUUUACCUGUUCAGCAGAAAGGUUACAGAGUCCGUAAGAUCCUGCAGCUUCCCCCAUCGUUGAUGCUUCAUUGAUGUUGACCUGGCUUUUUUGCACUUGUCCGGUCUACCUCCAUUUUAAGUGCCAGUUAUCACCCACUUGGUUUUCUUGUUUGUGUUGGCAGCCGUGGCCAAAGGAGGAUUCAGACAAUAUUGGAUUAUUGAUUGGAUUCUCAAAUCAAGACACUGGUUAGAAUUUCUUGACGUCUUAAAUGUAGACAUAACACUUUUUUGAAAGCCACAGUAACAAAUUACACAGUAAAAAAAAUUUACUCAUUGGCAGUCUUAGAGUCUCUUGAUAACCUACUCAGUGGCAUAGUGUGACCAAACCGAAUGGUUUAACCUCUGUUGAAAAAUUUUCUGUUGAAAGUUUUAUUCGUUAGACAUUAAAGUCUGGUCUUUGUGCUUUUCUUUUUGUUUCGGAGCUUUUUUAAAAAUACAUUGACUUUAUUUAGAGUGUGUGUUUUUGUGCAGCUGCGAAUCAACCAGCUGACAAAGCGGCAGGGGCAGCUUGUCAGAGAGAGUGAAGCACUGGUAGAAAGGAGGGCAGCCCUGAUGGAGCGCUGUAAGGCCAUGUCCAACAGUCCCAAAAAAACGACCAGAAACAGCAACCCCCUUGUCAAUCAGCGCCUGCAGCGCAAAAUCAAGGACGCACACAAAGUAUGACACUGGAAUUCUGUUUCUGCUUUCAUAGAUGGGGCAAAAUUAUGGCAAAAUUAUCUGAUUAGCAGUUUGUAUAAUUGCAGCGUGAAGCCAAGUGUGAGGAAAUGAUCAGGGACCUACAGGAGAGCCAGGUCAGUCUCAAGGACAGGCUUCUGCAGCAAGAGCAACGACUGAUAGAUCUCCGCAGCACCAACUCCAUGCUGGACCAUGAAAUUGUAAAUCUCCGGGACACCAAAGACAGCGUAAGAAGCACUUCCAGUAUUGUGCACUGCAUUACAACACAAACAUUUUUACUGCCACGUAGAUGUCUAUAUCAGUCGUCUUAAAUGCUCUUAGUGACUGUGUGUAUUUUUUUUAGGCUUUGGCAUAGCCUUAGUCCACCGUAAAUUCUCAAAUACAGGCCUCUUAGGCCUAUAGGUCUUUUAAUAUAGGUCUUUUAUUCGUUUUUACUGCCUCAGGUACCAGGCCUUUAUAUGAAACAAGCUUUGAUUAGAAGCAGGCUCCUAAAUCAAAUUCUGCCAGAUUCAGAAUAAUAACUGUUCAUAUUUUACACAAAGUUAUUGUCAAACUCCAGCUAAAAAGACAUUGCAUUAUUCAGAAAACACAAAGAGUUUGCCGAUGAUGUUAGCGUCAAUUUAGUUACUUAUUUCUCAACCAGAUCAAAUCACAUCUCUCUUUGUGUAAAUCAGCCUUAUUGCUUAAAAAACAAAACAAAGGGUCCAAAUUGAGCAACCAAAAGAGAACAGUUGUGGAAUAAAUCACAUGUGUCAUUUCAGAGAAAUAUAUCUGCAUCUGCAUCUUUAAAUUAACCACAAAACAAUCAUACCAACAAACUCAUUAGAUUAGAUAAGAUAAAAUAUGAUAAGGUAAGUUAUGAUAGGAAGAAUUUAUUUAUCCCUGAGAGGAAAUUCACUUAUCUAAUAGUCAUGCAGUUUCCUUUUUUCUACACAUGUGCAGUCAUACCUGUUAUUUCCACAGAAACUGCAUUGAAAUUUGUGGUCAUUAUUUGAUAUUUUUCAUAAUUUCUCCUGUAAAUGAAGGAGGAAAGGUUUUUGGAAAGGUUUUGUAAUACUUAAAUCCAACAUGGUCCUUUUUUGGUUAUUGAGUGCAAAGAUGACCAGUAAAGAGACCAGUAUUUAUGUAGAAAAGUAGAAAUAAAAAGUCAGAUAGGACUAACAGCCUAAAAAUAUUCUGUCGCAGAAAUGUCUCAAUCAAAAUUAAAUCACUUGGUUGGUUUGUACCACUGGAUUACGAAUAGUAUUAUAUUUGCACUGUCAGUUACACAGAUGGAUUAGAAAUGAUAUUCAUUUUGUCAAGUAUAUGAAUUAAUUACAUGUUUUGACCAUUUCCACAGCAAUUCUUCUUAACACUGUCAACAUAGCUGUUUGCUAGUAACGAGUCAGCCAGUCUAAGACAUAAACACUGUCAACCCGGCCUCUGUCUGUAGACAUGAUAAAGCGCUAACAAAGGUGUGCUGAGAAUGUUUAUUUUAUAACGUACAUCAUGUUGUUGAUUUAUUGAUGUGUGCAUCACUGUUUCCACCCAUGACAGCCACAACCACACACCUCGAAUGGCAGGAAUAGCUGCCUGUCGUUUGUUCACCCUCUGGGGCACUGUUGGAAAUUUUCAGAAAAGUGACAACACAUCAACACUCAUUAUCUACCUUUUCUUUACCUAUAGAACCUGUCCCACUUGGUGACUCUGCAGAGUAGGAGCAAGAGGCUGCAGGAGGUGAGUAAGGGCAGCUACCGAGCCAUGUCCACCCCUGAAUCCGUUGAAUCCUGCCUGCAGAAACAGAUGGAGCGUCUGCACACGACCAAUGCCAUCUUGCAUCGUGUGUGUCAGGAGUUCCCCCAGCACCAGGAGAAGCUGCGCAAGAUACUGUCAGCACUGGCAUCACGUUUACAAGCCCUGGAGCAGAAGACUUUGUGAGAGAAAGGAAAGGAUGUAGACCUGAUAUUAAGUACAGGGACAAAUGGAGAGGAUGGUGUAAUGUAGCAAAAAUACUUAAUUGAUUUAUUUAUUUAUUUAUUCUCAAAGGGAAAGUUUUACAGUUCCUAUAGUAAUGGUUCAACAUCAGUUUUCACUCUUUAUUUUACAAUAAAAACUUAGGUUGUUCACAAUCAGUGUUACAAUCAAAGCAAAAUGCAAACAAUAAAACACAAGCCAUCCUUUUCUUCUUAAGUCAUCUGUUAUGAAUUUCCUGUUGGGAAUCAAUAAAGCGCUUGUAUUUUUGUCAUAUUAUGCCAUCCUCUGCAUUUUUCACUGUACUCACUAAGGACAAAAGAGACUGAAGGGCACUGAAACAGAUAUGUAAAGUUGACUGUCAUCAGCACAAAAAUGAUAGCUGAUGUGCAAUAAUAUUUCCGUGUGGAAGCAUGUGAAAAUUAAAUAGAUCCAGGAAUGCAUUCCUGAGCGGCACCAUAUUUAAUGUGUCUGACACAUGGGCACAGAGGCUGAUAAAAAAAAUGGUCUGUUAAAAAAAUAUGAACUGAAGCAGGGUAAAACACUACCAGAGGCCUGCACUUUGUGAGUCUGUUGAUUAAAAUGUUGUGACUGACAGUGUCAAACGCAGAGCUAUGGUCCAAAAGAACAAGUACUGUCAUUUUAUUUUCAUCUAAAAUUAAUUUGAUGUCAUUUACAUCUUUAAGAACGAUGGCAUAAUGUAGCAAAAAUACUUUAUUUAUUUAUUUAUUUAUUUAUUCCUAAAGGGAAAAUUACAAUAGAGCUCUUGUAUUUUUGUUAUAUUAUGCCAUCCUCUGCAUUUUUCCCCUUACUCACUAUCAGGUCUACAUAAUAAAACUGAGAAUGAAUGAACAAAAAGACUGCUUAAUCCACUAUUCCCUUAUGGAUAUAACUUUGAUAAAACAUGAUGAGAUUGACUGGUAUAAGACAAAGUUUAAAACAGUUAUUUCAAUUUAUCCUCAUUUUGCACCUGGAUUGUUUAUUUAAAAACACCCCAUCAAAAAUGUGUGUGCAACCAUCGAAAAACGUGGGUUAGUUUUUCUUCCUUUCCCUUUAAUCCCUGCCAAUAAAUAGUGUUUAAUAAAAUUAAUAAA